AUGCCUAUAGAGAUAUUCUCCCUGAUCAUUGAAAGCGGUUCCGAGGAAUCGGACAGCCUCAUGCGCGUGCGCUUUGUCCUGCGUGCUGCAUCUGUAUCUCGCGCCUGGCGCCAGCUCGUCUUGAGUACGCCGUCGCUCUGGACCACCAUCCACGUCUCUCUUCCUUACAGACCACCUAUUACCAUCCUGUCGACCAUGCUCGAACGGUCUCGCGCAUUGACGCUCGACAUCGAUAUCGAUUGGGUCCAUCCAGGAGUUCCGUAUCUGCGACAACCAGUGUCACAGGACCUUCCGGAACCCGACGCGGACUACAUCCACGGCGUCAUGAACCUGCUCACCGGGCAUAUGGUGCGGUGGCGGAGCCUCGAUAUGUGUACAGACUACGAUGAACCCGAGACGAACCUCUUGCCGCUUUUGAUUGGGACAGCACCUGUCCUGAAGACGUUCCGUCUAUUUUACGAGGACACCUUUCUGUCCAGUGAAGAAGAAGAAGAAGAUGCUGCAGUCGACUUUCGUCGAUUCGCAGCGCCCCACCUCGAUUUUCUGCACUUAGAGUCACUGCCUUCUUGCGAGGACCUGGCAAGUGCUAUUAAGCAGUUUCCAUCGGUCACGGAAGUAACAUGGUGUGAGAAGCUCGAGCCAUGGCUGCGAUAUGAGGGCCCGCAGCUCAUGCAGAUCUUUGAGCCUCUCCGUGCACUUAGACGCCUAAAUCUCGGUGCACUCGGCUUCGAGGAUUGGGAUGCAUGGCCGCCGAGUGACACUGUGGUUCAGACUAGCCUGCCUGCGCUUGAAGUGAUCGAGUUCUGUGAUACGGCGUACCACAUCGUUGGCGACAUCCUGGCGAACAUCUUGGCGCCGUGUCUACGUCAGGUCAACAUCCUCGAUGCUCAGCACGUCGACGACAUCGGUUCCACGUUUCAGGGAUUCUUCAACCAUUCGACUCGAUUCCCGCAUCUGCACUCACUGGUCCUCGAGGUUUCUCCCCCUUCAAUUGGCUGCAUACCGGAUGCAGGGUCAUUAUGGGCGGUGUUCGGUUUUUUCCGUUCCAUUCGCAUUGUCGCCUGUGAAUACCGACGAUGCUAUCUAGAAGAUAUCCUGCGCUCUUUGUCCUUCGCCCACACAGAUGGCUGGUAUUUCCCAAGGCUGAAGAGGUUGACGGCCGAGGCCGAGGCCCCGGGCGAAGGCGUCACACGCCUAGAAACACUCAAGGUGUACGGCAAAGUGCCCAUUGAUCAAUCCGCCGUCGACGAUCUCAAAAAAGCCGUAUCGACUUUGAAAUGGACGUCGGGAAAGCCGAACUGGGACGUCGACAAAUACCCCUUUGGCCAGUACCACAGCAUAGAACUGAAACCCUCUGUAUCGCCGGAGGCGAACUGUGACCUUGAGCCCGAGCGUCGGCUGAAUUGGAAUCCCGACUCCGAACUUGACCAAGAGGGGAUUAUUCGUAAGGCACAAAGCCCGUCCUGA